AUGCUUUCUUUUAAAUAUGGCUUCUUAUAGGUGCAGCUUGUUGGUUUGGAUGAAGAGAGCUCAGAAUUCAUUUGCAGGAACACCUUUGAUCACCCCUACCCUACCACAAAGCUUAUGUGGAUCCCAGACACCAAGGGAGUAUAUCCAGACCUGUUGGCAACCAGUGGUGACUAUCUGCGAGUGUGGAGAGUGGGUGAAACGGAGACCCGGCUGGAGUGUUUGCUGAACAAUAACAAGAACUCUGAUUUCUGUGCUCCACUAACAUCAUUUGACUGGAAUGAAGUGGAUCCUUACCUUCUAGGUACCUCUAGUAUUGACACAACCUGCACUAUUUGGGGUCUGGAGACAGGACAGGUUCUGGGAAGAGUAAAUCUGGUCUCUGGCCACGUGAAGACCCAGCUUAUUGCGCAUGACAAAGAGGUGUAUGACAUAGCAUUUAGCCGUGCAGGUGGUGGCAGAGAUAUGUUCGCUUCAGUUGGUGCAGAUGGCUCGGUGAGGAUGUUCGAUCUCCGUCAUCUGGAACACAGCACCAUAAUUUAUGAGGACCCACAGCACCAUCCAUUGCUGCGUCUCUGCUGGAAUAAGCAGGAUCCCAACUAUCUUGCUACAAUGGCCAUGGAUGGCAUGGAGGUUGUGAUUCUAGAUGUCAGAGUUCCCUGCACUCCUGUUGCCAGGUUAAACAACCACAGAGCCUGUGUAAAUGGAAUUGCUUGGGCACCUCAUUCUUCCUGCCACAUUUGUACAGCAGCGGAUGACCAUCAGGCUCUCAUCUGGGAUAUCCAGCAAAUGCCUCGUGCCAUUGAGGACCCUAUCUUGGCCUAUACAGCAGAGGGAGAAAUCAACAAUGUACAGUGGGCAUCAACUCAGCCAGACUGGAUAGCUAUCUGCUACAACAACUGCCUGGAGAUUUUGAGAGUGUAACAUUACUGCUUCAUGCCACAUUGAGGCAGGGCUGUAUAAUUUCCCCUCCCCUCUAAAGUAAGAACAACACAAGUCAAGUGGCCAGUAUCUGUUGUUGCUUUGCAUCUACUGUUACAAGAAACUUUUACAAGAAUCGAUGGCAGGUGUCUCCUGUCUCUCCAAGACUCUAAAAUGCAGAGACGUGCUGAGCCUCUUGGACGUUCUGGGUUUUGGUUGUUUUUUUUUUUUCCUCAGUUAAAGUGUUCUGUAUUUGUUUGUUGACUGUAUUAAUAA